AUGUGGCAGGAGGCUCUGUGGACCCACGGACGCUACUUGCUGGAGAAGAACGAUGGCGGCGAGGGUGCCGAGGGGCCCGAGGGCCUGGGAGACGGGUGCCCGGGUUUCCAGAGCGAGGUGUGCGUGGAGGGCGAGAAGCCCCAGGACUGGCUCUAUGAGUCCUACUACAGAAUGAGCCAGCAGCAUCCGCUGAUCGUGUUCCUGCUGCUGAUCGUCAUGGGAACCUGCCUCGCGCUGCUGGCGGUGUUCUUCGCUUCAGGACUGAAUACAGAGGACCACUUGACGUUCUUGAUCACGGUUCCCGCUGCUCUCUUCCUAUUCCUGUCCAUCUUCAUCCUUGUCUGCAUUGAGUCGGUCUUCAAGCGGAUGCUCCGCCUCUUCUCUCUCCUUAUUUGGGCCUGUCUGGUCACCAUGGGUUACCUGUUCAUGUUCUCAGGAGGGAUCCUUAGCCCCUGGGACCAGGUGUCCUUCUUCCUGUUCAUCGUGUUUGUCGUCUACACCAUGCUGCCUUUCUCCAUGAGAGGGGCCAUUAUCGCCAGCGCCAUCACCUGCUUCUCGCACACUGUCACCCUCAGCAUCUGUCUGGCCUCCACCGUCACAGAACUGGAACCUCUAGUCUGGCAGAUUUUAGCUAAUGUGAUCAUCUUCACCUGUGGUAACCUGGCCGGAGCCUACCACAAACAUCUAAUGGACCUGGCUCUCAAACAGACCUACCAAGACACCUGUAACUGCAUCAAGUCCCCCAUUAAACUAGAGUUUGAGAAGCACCAACAGGAGCGUUUACUGUUGUCACUACUGCCGGCUCACAUAGCCAGGGUGAUGAAAGCCGAGAUCAUCCAGAGGCUGCAGGGACCCAACUUUGGCCGAACUGAGAGCACCAACAACUUCCACAAUCUCUAUGUGCAGCGGCACACCAAUGUCAGCAUUCUGUAUGCCGACAUUGUGGGCUUCACCAGGCUGGCCAGUGACUGCUCCCCAGGGGAACUUGUGCAUAUGCUGAAUGAACUCUUUGGCAAGUUUGACCAGAUUGCAAAGGAAAACGAGUGUAUGCGCAUCAAGAUUCUGGGAGAUUGUUACUACUGUGUUUCUGGUCUGCCUGAGUCGCUUCCUCACCACGCCAGGAACUGCGUGAAGAUGGGCUUGGAUAUGUGUGAGGCCAUCAAGAAGGUCCGAGAUGCAACCGGAGUCGAUAUCAACAUGCGUGUUGGUGUUCAUUCUGGGAAUGUCCUGUGUGGUGUCAUUGGCCUCCGGAAGUGGCAGUAUGAUGUGUGGUCACAUGAUGUAACAUUGGCCAAUCACAUGGAGGCAGGAGGUGUGCCAGGGAGGGUCCACAUCUCUUCGGUGACGUUGGAGCAUUUAAAGGGCUCAUAUAAGGUGGAGCCUGGAAACGGACAGAGCCGAGACUCCUACCUGAAAGAACAUGGAGUGGUCACCUUCCUGGUCAUCAACCCCAAGACUGAAAAGCACAGCCCUCUGUUGGGUGUGCGGUCUCGUCCCUCUCUGGAUGGUGGGAAGAUGAGGGCGUCUGUCAGAAUGACCCGAUACCUGGAGUCCUGGGGUGCUGCCAAGCCCUUCGCCAACCUUCACCAUCGAGAUAGCAUGACUACAGACAAUGGCAAGAUCAACACAACUGACGUUCCAAUGGGGCAGUACCACUUCCAGAGGCGAGAGAGGUCCAAAUCACAAAGGAGGAGGUUUGAGGAGGAACUCAAUGAGCGAAUGAUUCGCACCAUCGACGGCAUUAACUCGCAGAAACAGUGGCUGAAGUCUGAGGACAUCCAGAGGAUCUCAUUGUUCUUUCACAACAAAGCUCUGGAGAAAGAGUACAGAUCCACGACAUUACCAGCCUUCAAGUACUAUGUCACCUGCGCCUGCCUCAUAUUCUGCUGUAUAUUCAUCGUGCAGAUCCUCGUCUUGCCGAAAACUGCUGUGCUGGGGAUCUCCUUUGGCCUGACAUUCCUGCUGUUGGCUUUGAUCCUGCUCCUUUGCUUUGCUGGUCACGUUCUGCAGGGAAGGAAGGGGUCCUUCUGCUCUUUGACCUGGUUCCCAACUUCCUCCCACAUCAUUGUCACCAAUAAUCCCUGGCUGCGAUUGGUCCUCACCAUGACGACCACUGCUCUCAUAUUGGUGAUGGCCGUCUUCAAUAUGUUCUUUGUGGAGGAUCCGGGAGGAUCCGGGGAAGACGAACUGACAACUACUCCACCUGAAGUCCUGAUAACUACUCCACCUGUGAAUCUAACUAAUUCCAGCCUGUUGGACUACACGGAAGAAAACACAGGAGAAAACAAGUUUUAUCUGCCAUACUUCAUCUACUGCUGUAUACUGGGCCUGGUGUCGUGCUCGGUGUUCCUGAGGAUCAACUAUGAGCUGAAGAUGGUGGUGAUGCUGGUUGCCGUGGUGAUCUACAACAUCAUCAUCCUCCAGACACAUGCCUCCCUGCUGGAUGGAUUUAGCGAAGCGCUGUACCCCACAGUUACGCUGGAAAGGCCAGGAGUUCUGAAGGAUCUAAAGACGAUGGGCUCUGUGUCUCUUUUCAUCUUCUUCAUCACCCUACUGGUAUUAGCCAGGCAGAAUGAAUAUUACUGUAGGUUGGACUUCCUGUGGAGGGACAAGUUCAAGAGGGAGUGCGAGGAGAUCGAAACCAUGGAGAACCUCAAUCGGGUUCUGCUGGAGAACGUCUUACCUGCUCACGUCGCCGAGCACUUCCUGGGACGCAACUGGAAAAACGAGGACCUUUAUCAUCAGUCAUACGAGUCCGUGUGUGUGAUGUUCGCCUCCAUCCCAGACUUCAAAGAGUUUUAUACUGAGUCUGAUGUCAAUAAGGAAGGACUGGAGUGCCUCCGUCUUCUCAACGAGAUCAUAGCAGACUUUGAUGAGCUGCUUUCCAAACCUAAGUUCAGCGGAGUGGAGAAGAUAAAGACCAUCGGUAGCACCUACAUGGCUGCAACUGGACUCAAUGUGACACCAGGACCAGAGUGCGCACAGGAACAUGACCGACAGUACAUGCACAUUGGCACCAUGGUGGAGUUUGCCUUUGCUCUUGUAGGGAAGCUAGAUGUCAUCAACAAACACUCCUUCAAUGACUUCCGACUCCGAAUUGGGAUAAACCAUGGGCCAGUGAUUGCAGGGGUCAUUGGAGCCCAGAAACCUCAGUAUGACAUCUGGGGAAACAGUGUGAAUGUGGCCAGUAGGAUGGAGACCACGGGGGUACUGGGAAAAAUACAGGUAACAGAGGAGACAAGUCAUAUCUUGUCAACACUAGGGUACAUGUGUUCAUGUCGAGGCAUUAUCAACGUGAAGGGCAAAGGAGAGCUGAAGACCUACUUUGUUCACACAGAGAUGACGCGAUCUCUGUCACAAGGGACUGUGAUGCCUUGAGCGAGCCACACUAACCGAACGAGCAAGACUUGAGAACACAGUCACACACACACGCAGUGGCCGUAGAGAUGAUCCGUCAUGCUCCGUAACUAUCCCCAUUACCAGAAGCCAGCAGUACAAUGGAUAGACAACUGUUGAGAACCAGUUUUGUCCUUAGCAACACAAUGUGGAGCAGGGCCGGGGUGCACCGCCACAGUCCUUCAACGCUGCAUUUUGGACAGAUUUUACAUCACGAGUGUAACAAGGACUUCGCUCUGAGGAGUCACUUCACUGUCUAAAGGAGUGCCUGACUAAAGAGGGGUUUGCUAAAUAAGUGCAGCUCUUGAGGACCGCAGUCACCCAUCUGUACAAUAGUAGGGUUGUGGAGCUAAUUACCCAUGCCAGCAUUGCAGUGCUUCAGAGCCUUAUACUUGACUGAGCUCCAUUUUAUUCCAAAUGGAUGUUACAAUAGUUUAUUGUCAUAUAGAGCAGUUGAUGCCAACAAAUCACCAGUGUGAUGGGUAGUUUGCCAAAACCUGUGAACUGUAUUUAUAGCUUCUUGAGCUGCGUUUGUGUCCCACUGUAGAGUAGGUUGACUCAAGCACAGGAUUCAUGAGGAAAAUCUUUUUUAUAAGCCAUCUGGAUCCAAACCAACAGCAAUGCGUGUAAAUGCUCACUGCCAUCAUUUUGUUAUUCAUUAAACAUUUGUAUAUAAAUUGAG